GAGUACUUGGAACGACGGAAGCGAACAGCAGACGAGGACGUGGAAGCCGCUAAGAACGGUAGGUGAGUCUGUUUAUCCGACAGAAGGACGUUUUCUCCCUUUUGAGCGACUUCGAAUCAAACCCGUAUCGGACGGCCACCCACGAAAAAACAAGAAGCCCAUUUCCCGCCUGUGCCAACAACAUGGACUGGGUAAUUCGAAGCCCUACUGGAACGUGUUACGAGUAUCCUCAGUUCUACGAACCUCUGUGGGACGUGUGUGUGCCUCUGUGGAAGCUUGUAUCGUAGUUUCAAACGACAUCCUAGCUGAUUUGUCUCUUAAGAUCGUGUCUUGUCCAGGGCGUCUGGCUGUCGUUUCGCUUCCGUCCUUCCCCCGUUCUUUUUCGCAUUCUGGGAAGCACCGUAAGUCCGAAACGAAUUCUCGCAACAGAAUUGCGUUCUGUUGCUUGAACCAUUUUUCCUUCGCCAGGGCAAUUUCGGUGUCUCGGAAAAGCUUCCUCGCCUUUUUCUAUGUUUGGAUGUUAUCCGGACGCCAUUUCCAGUCAAUCUAACCUGGAGAAGUCGCUCACAGAUAUCGACAAGCGUUUCUGGACUUCUCGCGGGCUCCCUAGUCUCGCAGGAUGGACUUCCUCGCGGUGGCAAAAAAGCCACGCUCCAGGUGACGCCGGCCACAAAACAGCUCUGCCAGUUCGUGUGCUUGCUCCUGGCUCUCGCCACCGCGUUUCUCUCAUCGCUCACAUGCGAGAGGGCGGACCGAGCCUGAGACGGUUCUCAGAGGUCCCUGCAGACCUCGAAACAGAAAAACUCGCCCUGGCGGGGCUCCCUGAAGUGGACAGAAACAUCGGGCAGUCGCUGGCAGUCACAGCACCGCAGAAAGUCGAACAAAGUGGCAAUCAACCCCACGGAGGUGGCUUAGCUGCUCCUCUCACAGCAAGGACCAGACAAGAUCUGCACGCGGUCGCCAGCCGAAAAAGUCUCAAUGAAAUCAAAACCGAAGCCCUCCGUAAAGCUCUCACAGCGCGUCACGAGCUGAAGAAAACACAGAAAGAUCGACUAGCUGCUGUGCUGGCUGCUCGGGAAAUUUCUCGGACUUUCGCAGGCAAAAACAAGCUCGUUCUUCUUCGUGAACAAAGGCAGAUUCUCUUCCACUCCAAACUCCCAACCAACCCAGGCCUCCCAAAACUGGACGUACGCACAAUCAGUGGAAAAAGUGGAAGGAAAAUCGACUUGUCGGGUCGCGUGCACCCAUACUCGAUUCAGUAG